AUGUCUACAAACCAAAGCUCAACUAUCCUUUUAACAAGGUUGCUAUCACUCAAGGAAAACUCACCUUUCUUGUUGGUGAUAGAUUCUCUUGCUCAGACAUCGUUUCACUUUUUGAAUGAAAUAAUUUCAAGAAUCUCUUCCAACACUAAAGUAAUAUACUUAUCCUUCGAAACAACCAAUAGACCUGCAUACGCUACUGAAUUCAUCGAAUGCUUGGACUUAACUACCGCCAAGAUCCUUGAGCUUGUGAAGAUACAUCUGACCUCAUCGCAGCCGUCUUCACUUGCAAAUCCAAAGACAUUCGUGAUAAUCGACUCGCUUAAUUAUGUACUGAAUUUAGAACUUUCCAGCUUCAUAACUGGCUGCAUAUCACCCAAUGUAUGUCUCUUAGGAUGCUUUCACAGCAAUAUUCCUGAACCACAGCAGCUCAUUAACACAAACUAUCCUUCAUCCUUAAGUAUUUUGUCAUUUAUUGCAAGUUCAAUCUUUGAAAUUGAUCCCUUAUACGACGAGAGAAAGAUCGACGAAGAAACCUUGGAAAAUUCUUUACUGACAAAGUUGAAGUUUCCCAUCAAUUGCAAUUUAAAUAGUGAAGUCUUCAAGGUUACAUUGAAAAACAGAAGAAAGUCAGGAAGAUCGCUAACAUUCAGGUACAUCUUGAACACCUCCAGUCACACCAUAGAAGUCUAUACAAAAUCCACAAGUGAACAAAACCAAGAAGAGGACGAAGAAGAAUUAUUGAAGGACUUGACCACAUUCAAUCUCACAACGAACUCCAAGCAAAAAAUUGCUAGAGAACAGGUGGAUUUACCGUUCAUGCAAGCACAAGAAGCGCUUGGUUCCGCAGGAGGUGCAAUUGUCUAUGAGUUUGAGAAGGACGAUGAUUACGACGAAGACGAUCCAUACGAAGAUCCAUUUUAA